AUGCUUUCACGUAUUGGAAGAAUUUCGCUCGGGGGAGCCUUUUCAUCAUGGAAGGUUAAUAAUUAUCAACAUCAUGGAAAGAUUUUGCGAAAGAAUUUAAUGAUGAAUAAUUCUUCAAUAAUAUUAAAUAAGAAACAAUUUUCUACAUGUUUAAUUCCGAGAGUUAAUGAUUUGUCUAAAUUUGAAACAGAUAUUCACAACUUCUUUUUAAAGAGGAAUCAAAUUAUGGAGAAUGAAAACUUGAAGCAACAUUAUGAAAGUGUUGUCUUGUCAUUAUUGGAUUGUCCAACAGAUAUUAAAUAUAACAAAUCUACAUAUUUUGUAGCUGGGUUUAUUAUGGAAUGCAUUCAAAUUUUGAAUUUGGAAAAGGAUCGUCAAUAUUUGCUAUUGAAAGCUAUUGAUAUUUUGAAUGCUGGAAAAUAUACUACUGAAAUGGAAAUUAGUCAAAAGAAUGCUCUCCUAGUGCAAAUUGCUACCACAUUACAUGAUGUAGAUAUGAUGAAGAAGGCAUUUGAUAAUUAUUUCAAAUUUAUCAAGACACAAUUAGUUGAAUAUAAAAAGACAAAGAAACCAAUUCAAAUAGCUUUGGAUGAUUUGGCUGUUGGUUUCAGUUGUGCUCCUCAUGUUGGAGCCUAUGCUGAGAUGGCUUUAUUGGGAGAUUUAAUUGUUGAUGUGUUUAAUGCACCACAUGUUUUGGAAUUUUUCAAUGAUCAAGCUAAUUCUGAACAACAAACUGAUUAUUCUGCAAUUUACAAAUUAUUGAAAGCUUAUCCAGUACCUAACGAACCAAUUCAAUCAUUUGAUAUUUGUAAAUUUAAACCAACUAGUUGUGUCUUCAAAAUGCAAUCCAUGGUCUGUUCAAUCAAUUCCGAUAAGGAAGAAUCAAUACCGAAUGAUUUUGAUCCAAUUCCAUUAGAUUCAGACCAAUUAUUGGAAAUUCACCAAUGGGGUAACGUUGUUUUAUGGUUCCAUCACAUUGUCUUGUCAGGUAUCAUUGGAGACAAUAAGAUUUUCCUCUAUGGUUAUGCAGAUAUUGAAGGAAUGGAUGAAAAGAAUAAUGGAUCUCCAACUACCAACAGUCUUCUCUCUCAAAUCAGUCAAGCCAUAACUGAUGAAGAAAUGAAAACUAAAAUUACCAAACUGUUGGAAGAAGGCAAAGAAACAGAUGCUGAAACAGUUGAAAAUUGCACACUCGAAUCUCAAUUCCAACUCGAAUCAAUAGAUGAUGAUACUAAUUCAGAUACUGACAUUACCCAUUGGAAAGGCAUUCACAAAAAGACCAUCACUGAAAAACGUACCAGUGGAGAUGUUAUUAGAAUUAUAACAACAUAUAGUGUUGAUUUAUCAAUGGUUGAAUUGAAAUAA